AUGAGACCAGCGCAGUUACUAUUGAAUACAGCUAAAAAAUCGUCUGGUGGCUACAAAAUACCUGUUGAAUUGACACCAUUAUUUCUCGCAGUUGGUGUAGCUUUAUGUUCUGGGACAUAUUUUACAUAUAAGAAGUUAAGAACCGAUGAGACAUUGAGAUUGACAGGAAACCCAGAAUUGUCUAGUCUAGAUGAAGUUCUUGCUAAAGAGAAGGAUUAA